CCGAGCUGAAAAAAUGUGUUAAAGUUCCUCAAGAAAUUCUUGAGCAACAAUACCUUCAAGUACUCAGUACGUGAAGUACUCAGUAAAAAUCCUCGACAGCAAGGAAAGAUCGUUCUGCGGCGCCCAGCUGGAAGCCUGCAAUCCAAUCCCUAGCGUCUGAGAGACUGUGACCUAGAUCCCCCCAUCCCGUCCCCACACUCGAUGGAGCUGGGCGGCGGCGGCGAGAGCUCCACCAAGCGCGCGAGGCUCUCCUCCGACGAUGCCGCCGCCGCUGGCGAGGACCGGCUCAGCGCGCUCCCCAACGACGUCCACGUCCUCCUCAAGCUCACCACCCGCGCCGCCGCCCGGACCAGCGUCCUUGCCCGCUCCUGGCGCCGGGUCUGGGCGCUCCUCCCGACGCUCAGCUUCGACGAAACCGCCGACCCAGGCCGGCUGCGCGACGCGCUCGACGGCCACGAGGUGCCCGUCCGCAGCCUCCUCGUCGGGGCCAACGGCGCCGCCGCCGAGUCCCUAGGGGCCUGGCUCCCCGCCGCCGCGCGCCGCGUCUCCGGCGACCUGUCCCUUUACAGCUACGUCCGGGUCUCGGAGGAGGAGGAGGAUGACGAGGCCCCUCAAAGAGGCGUCUUUGUGCUCCCCUGCUUCGACAAGGCCACCUGACCUCCAUCACGCUCUUCUUGAGCUUCCACGGCCUCGCCGUGCCUCGCGCCGGCAUCUUCGCCCGGUUCGCCGAGCUCCACCUGCACCGCGUCUGGUUCCACGGCCCGGGCGAGCUGGGCGACGCCGUGUCCUCUCCGCGGUGCCCGUGCCUGCAAAGGCUCACCGUCUUCGAUGCCCGGGGCCUGGCCGAUCUCGAUCUCGCCAUACGCUCGGAGACUCUGCUGGAGGUGGAGCUCAUGAACCUCCGCACCUUGUCUCGGCUCACCGUGGCGGCGCCGGCACUCAAGGAGUUAGCUGUGGCGCGGUGUUUUGGCAAGAAUCGACCGGUUGCAUCAUCUCUGCCCCUCGGCUGACGAAUCUUGACUGGGGUGAUGAGUAUAAUCCCAUAUCUGUCCACCUUGGCAAGAUGGAACAUCUCCGGUCGCUGGGCACUGACUAUUUUCUUGUUUAUGGAGACUAUGCAUUCAUACACAAUCACUUUUGCUUAAGUCUCUUGCAGCGCGUUGAGGGCAUCCAGACUCUUUGCCUAACGCUCAUGUAUCUGCGGGAUAUAGAGAACUAUCAAUACAUGAUGGAAGACUUUACAGUGCUCCCUGACAUUACAUUUUUGCACCUUAAGGUAGAUGCAAAUGGACAUGCCUUUCAAGCCAGCGCAUUCCAUGUUCUCAGAUUGUGUACUGGUAUAAGAAGGCUGAUGCUGCAAUUUGGCUUAGAGGUCCGAACUGUAUGCUCAUCAGACUGCAUAUGUGAUCAGCAGCCAGCAGACUGGGAAACCGAGGAACUCUUGUUGAAUCACCUUGAAGAAGUAGAAAUCGUUGGAUGGAGAGGAUCUGAACAUGAAGUUGCUUUUAUGAAACGACUUUUCAAUUGGGGAACAAGGCUUAAAGAAAUGACAGUAAAUUUCUAUUUUACAACCUCUGAAAUCAAGGCAAAGGAAUUGUACCAAAUAUUUCAGAGUUUCUCUAGGCCAGGAAUACGCACGAAAUUUUACCUAUAUCAGAAGCAUAGGAAGGUGUUAUAUGCACCUGACUUCUAGCACACCAAAUUGUCACUGUAGGCAAUUCUUGGUGGUUUAUGUUUUCUUGUUAUGAACCGUACUGUGUGAGAGCAUCAAAAUGCUAGAAGAUCUUAAAGGAAAAGGUUGAGGUCCAUUAUAUUUUGUA